AUGGUCAAUAAAGAGGCCGGAUAUGCCGAGUGUAUGUGUCCAAUAGCUAUUACAUCGAAUCAGGGUAGACAAUCGCAGCAACGGUGCUGGGCGUUGUCGGCUGAACCGGAAUUCAUCCCGGUGCUCGAUGAAGAUACUGCAGAAGGCAGCGGUAUCGAAGAUUUAGGACUCUAUACUAUACAAGAGGAUGUAAAUGACGGCUUUCUCUAUGAUGCAGAUAGGCCUGAUGCUAUUCUACACUCCAAUGACGAUCCACUCCAGGACCAUAAUAGCAUCAAUUAUGGCAGCGGAGAUGCAUCUGAUCCGCAACAAAUGGUUUCUGGAAGAUUUGGUCCCGCUAAAUUCUUAGCAGGGAGUAAUAGUAUUAUAGAAUCUGCAAGGAAUAAACUACGUAGAUUAUUUAGUUGGGAAAGAGAGGCAUUUGAUGAUAUGUCGGAUGACGAAGAUUCAGAGGAAAUGAAUGAAGAUGCUCUACCGAAACCUUUUCACAGCUCGUGUAACUAUACGGAUGAGGACGUAUUGGAUUUACCGUAUCUAGAAUCAAAUGAUGUGAACCUGUCGUUCAACCGUUGGCCAGACAAUUGCUUCAUACGUAUCAGGUUGGAAUCGUACUACCCAUUUUUGUUGCGUCUUGCUGCGGAUCGACUAAUCCGCGGGAUACGUGAGAAUACCAACCUAAGGGUUGGUAAUGUGAAAGCUAUGCCCAUGCGUAGGAAACGAUGGUGUCUCCUUUCUUCACCACAUGUAGACAAACGAUCAAAGGAUCUAUUUGAAAUACAACAACAUGUACGAUUCUUGGACGUCUUUCCACCGCUAAAAAAUAAGCUGGAGGAACUGUCAGACCAAGACACGGUUGAGUCUGAUGCCACGAAUAAUCAACGUAUAUCGAAACUAAGGCAAGCAUCCAAAGAUGAUAGCAUGAAAUUUAAAGGGGUUUUAAUGGUACCGCUACCAAAUUUUGUUAGUUUCGACUAUUGGUUUGAGGAGGUACAUAAACCAGUAAAAAAUCGCAGUAUAGAAAAGGUUUUCAGAAAAAGGAUAUGGGUAUCUAAGUACUUUCUACACCACUACGAAAAAAGGGAAAAGGCGGAAAUUAUCGAUCGCUUGACGUCGCCAGAACUGUAUCCUGAGGUACCCUUAAGGUGGAAACGGCAUCCAUGCGACUACUUCGCCCUGCAGCUGGGUGAGCUGAGAAAGAUGUACAACUUUGUCGCUACACGAUAUGCCGAAGACCAAGCACGCAAACGAUAUAAUGUCCCAGGUCCCAAGUACUACGAUAUCGACGAAGUGAGAUUCGUACCGAAUGAUGACGACCGUCGCUGUGGCUAUGAUUCAUCAGAUGAUGAGGAUGACGAUGUCGCGGUUGCCAAACAGCUCGCGGCCAUGGACGACGAAACCAUGAAAUCAAUGCAUGGCAUGUGA